UCGGCCACUGACGUUUCGUCAACUUGAUCGAGCCAUGGCCGCGGUCCUCUUCCAGAUCCACACGGCGGCGCCGCUCACCGCCGACGACCGCUACGUCGCCGUCGUCGGCAACGUCUCGGAGCUCGGCGCAUGGGACGUGGCCAAAGCGGUUCCGCUCAAGAAGCACGCUGGCGCAUCGACGCUCUGGGAGGCGACUCUCGAGGUCGCCAUGUACGCGCUGAUCGAGUACAAGUACAUUGUGCUGGACCGCUCCGGUGCCCUUGUGCUCUGGGAGUCGUUGCCUGGCAACCGCACGCGCGUCGCCGGCGGGACCAACGUGGCGCUGCACAAACCGGUCACGCAAAGCUCGAUCUUUGUGGCGCCCGCGGGACCGGUGCCGGGCCCCCGCGUGCCGGAGCUGGCCGUCAACGGCAACACGAGCGGCCAUUUCGAGCACAUGUGCUGUCGCACGACCGUGCAAGACCAGCCGUACUGGCAAGUCGACCUGCUCGCGAGCACGCCGCUCACCAAGCUCGUGCUCUGGAACCGCCAAGACAUGUUCUUGGACCGCCUCGUGCCGGUGUGGGUGCUACUCUCCGACACGCCGUUCGCCAAUCUGUCGUUGGACGCGGCGAAGAAGCAAGCGCUGGCAUCGAUGCGGUUUGCCUCGGCGGCGACGCAGUUUGAGUGGCCAUUGACGACCAGUGCGCGGUACAUUCGCGUGCAGCACGAAGCUGCGCACACGAGUUUGCAGUUUGCACAGCUCCAAGCGUUUACGCCAGCGCAUUUGGCGCCGCCGAUCCUCGAUGGGUGGUUUGGCUUGGACAACCGGUUGCUCGGCGAUGGCCAGUCCCACAUCGACGGGCAAUGGCUCGCGCCGGGUGCGGCGCCCGAGCUCCGCCUCGUCUUUGGAAGCUUUGACAAGAAGCCGUCCGUGACCUUUGCCGACAAGGUGCAGCGGUCCAUCUACCUCCAAGCGCGCGUCCUGGGGCAGCCAUCGGCGUCGACUGUCCACGCACCGUACUGUGCGGAUUUGCGCGCGGUGGACGUCGCGACGCCGACGCCGCAUUUGGAUCGCGAACUUCUCGGCAAUGCGCUGCCGCUCCCGACGUUGCUAUCGAAAGGACUCGACGUUGUGUCGCUUCUGACGACGCUGCCGACGCACGUGCGUCACGAGCUCACGGCCAAGCUCGAGCGCGUCACGUUUGCGGACACGCAGCCGAUUCUUUCGAUUGGCCAAGACCGCCACCACUUGAUCCUGAUCGACGCGGGUGUCGUCGCCGUCCAGGGCCCGACGACGACGCAGGGCACGGCUACCUUCUUCGAGCUCGGGCCGGGCGCGUACCUGGGCGAACUGGCCCUCGUGAGCGGCGCGAACCGCAGUGCGCAGGUCGUCGCCAAGGGCGCGGUGACGCUCUUGCGUCUGCACCGUGACGACUUUGCCGCAGUCAUGGCCGCGCACGGACUUGACGCGAUGUCGCUGCUGGCAGCGCACGCCGACGUGGUCGCGUCGGGGCUGCCGCUUUUGACGACUACACCGUCGCGCAAGACGCCGUUCGUGGCCCAAGACACGCUGCAGGUGUUUCGUCUCGGGCAUUUGCCGGCGUCGGCGUCGGUGGCCAUUGAUGUGGUCGAUGUGACCACGGACUCUGUGCUUGGCACGAGUGUGCUCGUGGCGUCCCAGCUCCACCGCACCAACGGCGCGCUCUCAGCACCGUUGCUGUCGCCGUCGUUUUCGGUCGUCGGCGAAUUGCUCUUGCGGUAUCUGCACCUCAAGCCAUUUGUGCACAAGGACAACACGCUCGCAUCGGCGUUCCGCACGCAAUGGCUGCACGGCCCGGCGCUCGACAUGGGCCACCGCGGCCUCGGUCGAUCGUACUACCAGGCACUCGGGUAUCGUACGUCGCACAUUCGCGAAAAUACGCUCACGUCCUUUGUCGUUGCUGGCCUCCACGGCGCCGACUGGAUCGAGUUCGACGUGCAACUGUCCAAGGACCGCGUCCCGGUGGUGUACCACGACUUCUUCUUCAAGGCGGCGCUCGAAGACCGUCGCGGGCGGUCGCCGGGGGCGUUCACGAAGACGGGGCUCCAUGACUUGACGCUCGCGCAGUUGAACAACGUCGAGUGGCGUCACGGCAAGUCGGUCACGGACGGUCCGCGCUUGCAGCAGCUCGUGCGCAAGCACUGGCUCAAGCUCGUCAAGACAAAGACGACCAAGUCGACCCGUACCCCCCGUACCCCGCCGACGACGACGACCCCUUCCACGACCAAGGUCGACUGGACGGCGCUCUCGGAGCUCUUUCCGACGCUGCAAAACUUGCUGACGCACGUACCCCCCUACGUGGGUCUCAACGUCGAAAUCAAGUACCCAGUGGACCCGCCGGACGCCCCAUGCCUCCGGAGCCUCGACGCGUUCGAGAUGAAUGCGUACUUGGACGACAUCCUUGCGUGCAUUUUCGAGCACGCCAACGGCCGGCGCAACAUUGUCUUUUCAUGCUUUGAGCCCGACGUGUGCGUCCUGCUCCGGGCCAAGCAGACACGGUACCCUGUCUUCUUCCUUACGUGCGGCACCGACAUCACGGGGCUUGUGCCUGAUGUGCGGACCAUCUCGCUCGAGACGGCGGUCCCGUUCAGCCGCAUGGAGCAGCUCCAGGGCAUUGUGACCAACUCGCUCCCGCUCUUCACCAAGCCCAAGUGGAUCCGCCACAUCCGCAACGACCACUUGCACCUCUGGACGUGGGGCAACCACAACACGGGCCAUGACAAGGUGCAGUUUCAAAAGAUGCAUGGGGUCUCGGGCGUCAUCUCGGACAACGUCGGCGACCUCACCAAAGUCGACAAGAAGCUCCGUCCGCGUGAUCACGGCGCCAGCAUGAGCUAAGUUGGCGGCGCUUGCUGGUAGCAGAGCGUUGCGUUUCUAACCCAUUGAACCACUUGUCUCUAACUCGGUACUAGAUAGUUGAAUCUGGAUCGAUUCCAAAGUCGAAUUGAUGAUGGGCGUCAAGGUUGAGCCAAGAGAGAGGAAGAGGAGUCCGUGGUGGACGGUAUCGACGGACGCCAUUGAGCAAGCUGCCUUACCAGGAGGGAUCAAGGAUGUGUCUCGUCGAUCAACUGCUCGUACGCGUACCGUAAUUCACACAAGUGUACCGUCAAAAUGAUCACUUUACGGCAAUAUGACCUCACUUUUCCGCGUUUACUGUGUAUACACGCACUUUCAACAAGCAAAGUCGCCACUCUUUACGAUACCCUGCCGCGCCACAAGUAAUUAUCACGUUCCGCCAAGAAUAUUUGGU